AUGGCCGCAAAAUCUAGUUCUGAUGAAAUCGAUGUGGAACAUGUGCUCCCUAAUCCAUCAGAAUCAUCUAGUAAAAAACCAUGGUAUAAAACACCUUCCGCAUACUGGUUGCUACCAAUGUUCAUAGCUAUUUCGAUGACAAGUGGGCUAAGCGCUGCCGCUGGAACCCAGCUUUAUGUAUUGGCAGUGUGUCAUGAUCUCUAUCCAGAAAAAGUUCCUCUAUCAUUUAAAUCAAAUCUCGAUGAUGCGUGUAUCAAUGCUGAUGUGCAAGCCAAAGUUGCCCAGUAUCUUGCGAAGUCGAGUUUGUUUACUGCUAUCCCAGCUAUAUUUGUUCUUGGACCACUCGGAACAUUAUCGGAUAGGAAGGGGCGUAAAUCAACUUUAUUGAUAUCGGCUAUAGGAACCUUUCUCACCACGUUAAAUUUAUUAUUAGUCAGUAACUUCUAUGAUAAGGUUGGAUUAUAUACCUAUUUAAUAGGAUCAUUUAUAGAUGGAGUAACUGGAGGUUUCUAUGCAUUAUCUGAAGCAAGCUACGCAUACGCUACAGAUUGUACUCAUACAACACGAAGGUAA